UGCACAGGGCCCGUUGGUGGCAUUGGGUCCCCUCUGCGCAGGGCGAGAGCCGAGCAGUUGUCCCCGCUGCGCCGCUUUCUGCCCGGCCACCGGGGAUCGUAUGAUGUGGACGGGAGGAGGAGCGAGGUCGGGACCCCCCCGGGCCGGGCCGGUGGCGGAGGGCAGACUCCAUCAGUGACCGAUGUGGACCUGGAGGCGGCGGGGAGCAGACAGCCCACGGCCCAUAGGGACACACAUGAGGGGUACGUGGAGCUGCACGAGCUGGUGCUGGACAGCAGGAAGGAUCCGUGCUGGAUGGAGGCCGGGCGCUGGGUGCAGCUGGAGGAGAGCAUGGAGCCGGGGGGGACAUGGGGCACCCACCUCCCCCUGCUCACCUACCACAGCCUGCUGGAGCUGCGCAGGGCCUUCACCAAAGGCAUCGUGCUGCUGGAUGUGGCCGCCACGUCGCUGGCAGCCAUUGCCAACACGCUGCUGGAGCAGCUCAUCUACGAGGGGCAGCUGAAGCCGCAGCACCGCGAGGACGUUCUGCGGGCGCUGCUGCUGCAGCACAAGCAUCCCAGUGAGGGGGAGUCGGUGUGGACGCUGCCGGCAGCGCAGCUGCAGCACUCGGAUGGGGAGCAGAAGGACGCGGAGCAGCGCGCAUUGCUGCGGGAGCACGGGGCCGUGGAGAUGAGGGAGCUGCAUGGGGCACAGCAGAGCCCCCCCGGGGCGCAGCUCGGCCCCCAGCUCCACCAGCAGCUCCCUGAGGACACCGAGGCCACGUUGGUGCUCGUGGGCUGUGCAGGGUUCCUGGAUCAUCCCACCUUGGCGCUGGUUCGGCUCCGUGCGGCGCUGCCUUUGGACUCGGUGCUGGCGGUGCCGCUCCCGGUGCGUUUCGUGCUCACGGUGCUGGGUCCGGACAGUCCCCGCAUCAGUUACCACGAGAUCGGCCGCGCUGCAGCCACCGUCAUGGCCGACCGGCUGUUCCGCCGUGACGCCUAUUUAUGUGGUGGUCGUGGGGAGCUGCUGGGGGGGCUGGAGAGUUUCCUGGAUGCCAGCAUCGUCCUGCCACCCCACGAGGUGCCCAACGAGCAGCACCUCCGUGCCCUGAUCCCGCUGCAGCACCAGCUGCUCCGCCGCCGCCACCAGCACCCGGACACCGUGCACAGCCACCACGUCCCCAAAGACACCGAGGGUAAGGACCAGGCUCCGGAUGAUGACGACCCGCUGAUCCGGACGGGGCGGCCGUUUGGGGGGCUGCUGAAGGACAUCCGCCGCCGCUACCCCAAAUACCUGAGUGACAUCAGAGACGCCUUGCACAGCCAGUGUCUCGCAGCCGUUCUCUUCAUCUACUUUGCUGCUCUCUCUCCUGCCAUCACCUUCGGGGGCUUGUUGGGUGAGAAGACCCGUGGGAUGAUGGGGGUGUCGGAGCUGCUGGUCUCCACCUGUGUGCAGUGUCUGCUGUUCUGCCUGCUGGGUGCGCAGCCCCUGCUCGUCAUCGGCUUCUCGGGGCCGCUGCUGGUCUUUGAGGAGGCUUUCUUCUCGUUCUGCGAGGCACAAGGCCUGGAGUACAUCGUGGGCCGGGUGUGGAUCGGCUUCUGGCUCAUCCUGCUGGUGCUGGUGGUGGUGGCCUGCGAGGGCAGCGUCCUGGUGCGUUACCUGUCCCGAUACACGCAGGAGAUCUUCUCCUUCCUCAUCUCCCUCAUCUUCAUCUAUGAGACAUUCGCCAAGCUGGUCACGAUCUUCAGGGCUCACCCGCUGCAGCGGAGGUACAACGGGAAGGACACCGUGGACCCGUCAGAGCCCCAACCCAACACGGCGCUGCUGUCCCUCGUCCUCAUGGCCGGCACCUUCUUCCUCGCCCUUUUCCUCCGUAAAUUCAAGAACAGCGCGUUCCUGCCCGGCACGAUCCGGCGCCUGAUCGGGGACUUUGGGGUGCCCAUCUCCAUCUUCAUCAUGGCUCUGGCUGAUUUCUUCAUUGAGGACACCUACACACAGAAACUGAAGGUGCCCCGAGGGCUGGAGGUGACCAACGCCACCGCCCGGGGUUGGUUCAUCCACCCCAUGGGCAACAACACCCCCUUCCCCAUCUGGAUGAUGUUUGCUUCUGUAGUCCCAGCCCUGCUGGUCUUCAUCCUCAUCUUCCUCGAGACACAGAUCACCACCCUCAUCGUCAGCAAACCGGAGCGGAAGCUGGUGAAGGGCUCAGGGUUCCACCUGGACCUGCUGCUGAUCGUGGCCAUGGGUGGCAUUGCUGCCCUGUUUGGCAUGCCCUGGCUGAGUGCUACCACGGUGCGCACCAUCACACACGCCAACGCUCUGACCGUCAUGAGCAAAAGCUCGGGGCCGGGGGAGAAGCCCAAGAUCCAGGAGGUGAAGGAGCAGCGCGUCACCGGGCUGCUGGUGGCCGUGCUGAUCGGCGUCUCCAUCCUGAUGGAGCCCAUCCUGAAGUUCAUCCCGCUGUCUGUGCUCUUCGGCAUCUUCCUCUACAUGGGCGUCACUUCGCUCAUUGGCAUCCAGCUCUUUGAUCGCAUCCUGCUGUUGCUGAUGCCCCCCAAGUACCACCCCAAGGAGCCCUAUGUCACCAGGGUGAAGACGUGGCGGAUGCACAUCUUCACCCUGACUCAGAUCCUGAUGCUGGCGCUGCUCUGGGGGGUGAAAGCCAGCCCGGCAUCGCUGGCGCUGCCCUUCGUCCUCGUCCUCACGGUGCCGCUGCGGCGGCUCCUGCUGCCCCGCAUCUUCAGCGACAUCGAGCUCAAAUGCCUGGACACGGACGACGCGGUGGCGACAUUUGAAGAGACGGAGGGCCAGGAUGUGUACAACGAGGUGCAGAUGCCCAGCUAAGGGCCCCACCGUGCCCCCACCCACAUGUACAUCCACCAUCACCCCCCAUUGCCACGUUCUGCCCACAGCAUCCCGCUAUGCUGCCCAGCAUCCCGGGGUAGGGAUGUUACCAGCCCAGCACAGGGGGUAGGGGUUUGUAAUGCAGAGAAAUGCUGCAAAAACACUGAAAAAAAAGCAAAAAAAAAUAGGCAAAAAAAUAGGCAAAAAAAAAAGGGAUGCUUCUGCAGGGAAAAGCCAAUGCUUGUGCAGGUAGAGCUUGCUGAAAACUGAGGGAAAUAGCAGGGAAAAAAUAGGAUAAUAAUGAUGCAAAAAGCACUUAGAAGCAGCAGCCGCCGCCAGGAGCCAUGUGUACAUUGCUGCUCACCACGGGGGGCUGUAACUUAUUGCUAAGGGCCGCGUGUGUGUGUACAUAGAGCUGAGCAAUGAGGGUAUGGAGACUGAGCGGGACCAGCGCCGGGCAGGGACUGCGGGCACCGAGUGCGUGUGUGUGUGUGUGUGUCUGUCUGGGUGUCUGUCUGUGUCCGUCCGUCCUGCUGCGGGUGUUGCUCGAUGCGCUGGUGCCGUCCCGUUGGGUUUUAGCAUUUCAAUUCAACCCAUGUAGCUCUGAAGGGAUUUUUCCCCGCCAUGACAACUGCUUGAUGCCCAUCGCCUGCCCCAAACCCAUCCCCAAUGGGAUAUCCCAAAGCCAUUCCAAUAGGAUCACUCCCAAACCCAUUCCCAAUGGGAUAUCCCAAAGCCAUUGCAAUGGAUCACUCCCAAACCCAUUCCCAAUGGGAUAUCCCAAAGCCAUUGCAAUGGGAUCACUCUCAAACCCAUCCCCAAUGGGAUAUCCCAAAGCCAUUGCAGUGGAUCACUUCCAAACCCAUUCCCAAUGGGAUAUCCCAAAGCCAUUCCAAUAGGAUCACUCCCAAACCCAUCCCCAAUGGGAUAUCCCAAAGCCACUGCAAUGGGAUCACUCCCAAACCCAUCUUCAAUGGGAACCCCCAAAGCCAUUGCAAUGGGAUCACUCCCAAAGCCAUUCCAAUAGGAUCACUCCCAAACCCAUUCCCAAUGGGAUAUCCCAAAGCCAUUCCAAUGGGAUCAUCCCUGAACCCAUCCCCAAGGGGAGAUCCCAAAGCCAUUGCAAUAGGAUCACUCCCAAACCCAUUCCAAUAGGAUCACUCCCAAACCCAUCCCCAAUGGGAACCCCAAAAGCCAUUCCAAUCACUCCCAAACCCAUUCCAGAUGGGAUAUCCCAAAGCCAUUGCAAUGGGAUCAUCCCUGAACCCAUCCCCAAUGGGAGAUCCCAAAGCCAUUCCAAUAGGAUCACUCCCAAACCCAUCCCCAAUGGGAACCCCCAAAGCCAUUGCAAUGGGAUCACUCCCAAACCCAUUCCAAAUGGAAUAUCCCAAAUCCAUUGCAAUGGGUUCACCCCCAAACCCAUCCCCAAUGGGAACCCCCAAAGCCAUUCCAAUAGGAUCACUCCCAAACCCAUCCCAAUGGGAACCCCAAAAGCCAUUCCAAUCACUCCCAAACCCAUUCCAGAUGGGAUAUCCCAAAGCCAUUGCAAUGGGAUCACCCCCAAACCCAUUCCCAAUGGGAUAUCCCAAAGCCAUUGCAAUGGGAUCACUCCCAAAAUCAUUACCAAGGGGAUCUCCUCAACUUAUUCCUAAUGGGAUAUCCCAAACCCAUUCCCAUUUGGAUCUCCCAAACCCAUUCCCAAUGGGGUCACUCCCAAACCACCUCCAGUGCCUUGGGGUCGUUUUUACCACUGAUGUGUCUGAAAUAAACGAUGGUGCGUGCUUUGUUUGAGCUUCUCCUCCCGACCCA